CAGGUUGAAGGGACCGGGUUGGGGGCGGGGGGUUGCCCGGGUUAGAUAACCGGUUGUUGUUAGUGUGGAUUUUGGCUGUUGGUCACGGGUUUCAGUGACUUGGUUUGUUACAUUAAAGUUCCUAUGAGUACUCAUGACUGGACAUCGUUAUGGCAAGGUCAUUACAAUAUGAAGGCCUUGGUGGAUAUUACAAAUAGCCAACCUUAUUUUUUAAGUCCUCAAAGACAUUAUAGAGGGUGGAUUCAGCUGAUUAAUACGCUGAAUAAUAGGAUUAGAUCAAUAAAAUUCCCUUAUGAGACCCAGUAUCUUCACCAUCCCUAACACGAUGACGUCACGUCCUGUGCAUUAGAGAGAUACCCAUAGCAUCACUUCCUGUUGCUCAGGUAGAAAGAGAUGGUGAUGAUAGCGAACAGCGCUUUGUUCUCUGGGAGCUGUCAUGCCUCAGUGGCUGAUGAGCGCCACCACCCUGAGAGCUGCCCUGAGGCGGUGCAGUCCUCCGUUAGGUCCUCACUGUCAGGAGCACAGCUGCUCCACCAGCACCCGGGCGUCCGCCGUGCGUCCAAACCUCAGCUUCCAGGACUCCGGGGGUCCGGGACCUAGAGGGCCGUGGGGGUCUUCUCCUGCACCGAACACCACCUCCACCUCCAGGCAGCCGUCGGCACUGCCCCACCCGCACGCCCUGCACCCGGGCCCGCGGCCGCGUCCCCCCCCCCCCCUCUCGUUACUGGGGCUGCACCAGCGUGUUUCCUUUUGUCUUCAGGCCCGGCAGGUGAAGCGGGGGUCCACUACGGUGUCGUUCAGCGACCUCACCGGCCGCACCGUCACCAAGGAGACGCCGCAGAGACGCCGAAACCCGGCCAGAACAUUCUAUUCAUGUUAUAAUAAUAUACAUAGUGUGGGAUUCAAAGUGUUGGCCUUUUUAAAGAUGAACCGCAAUAAACAAGCUUUGAGAGAGAAAAAAUAGUGUUGUUUUAGGAUUUGGGAACAUCAACAUUGUAGAAUGAGAUAUUUAAAUUCUGAAAUGUGCUUAUAACACAUGCCUCCUCCUGUUUGUGUAUAUUGUUGACAUGAUGUAGAUGUUCAUAUAUAUAUGAUAUACUUACACAAUGAAAAAGUUUUUUUCUGCUGAAAGCAGAAGAAGCGUGAUUCUCGGGGGUUAAGACGCGCCCUUGGAGGGUAAAUUACUCAACGUUUGAGAUUGAUGUCAGAGAUUUCUGAGGUGCACAAGAUGAAGGUCUACGGCUGGAUGGCAGUGGCUGGGUGGCUCGUUCAGGCUCAACAAGGGUCCCCUCUCGAUGUGCACGUGUCUGAAGGGAAGACGGUGGAGCUCAAGUGUCUUCACGUCUCUCCACUCCCAGUCCGCUUGGAGAGAUACCAGAAUGGGAACCUGGUCUCCCUGCUGGACCACAACGAGGACGGACACUUCAGCCUGGCUGCGGACAACUGCUCUCUGAGGGUGCAGCGGGCGCUAGCAGAGCACAGCGGCCUGUACCACUGCCAGGGUAAGAACACAGUGUACCUUAAGGUGGAUCCGCCCCUUCAGGAGGACCAACCAGGAGCCUCGGAGGAAGAUGAGGCGGAGGAUACGACCACCCCGUUACUGGGAUCUGCUCGCUACUGGAGGAUCCGGGUGGGCGUGGCCGUGGCGGUAGGCGUGGCGGUGGGCGUGGCACUGGAAGCUACCUUGGUCCUUCUGAAUCAAAGGAAGAACCGUUCCAGGAAAACGCUUCGGAACCACAGGAGCGACCCUACACCCGACCCCGUCGUGACCUCUGACCCGACCUCUGACGGGGUGUAUGACGAGGGCCCGGACCAAGGCGACGUCCUGCGACGGGAAUCAGGCGGAGGAAACGUUUACCAGCUGGCCUAUGCCCCGCCCCUCGGUAACCACCCUUACGCCACUGUUGAUAAACCCAGGAGCGCUAGCCCGCAGCGCUAGGAAACUACGCUAGCCUCUGCUGCUCUAUUGGAGGGAAUUCUUAUUGAAACGUGACUGUAUACAACCGUCAGACCUUAAUGUUGUCUAAUAAAAAAUACCAUCUAUCCAUACUGUUACAAAACAUAA